AUGAAUGCAUCAUUACCCGAAACUGUAAGUCCUAAUAAUUCAAUAUUGCCAUCAUUACUCGAGGAUAGUGAGACUGAAAUGAUAUUGAGAGCAUACUGGGAUGAAGAAAUUCAAGAAGUAAAAGGUGUACCACAUCAAGUAAUCGUUUGUAAAGUUAUUGAUACUGCUAAUCAGACCCCAUGUAGAAAACAUAUAUUAAGUCUUAGUGGAUCCACUGAAUUUCGACAAUGUCUUGUUGAUUGGAUAAUUAAUGAUUUCCAACAACUUGAUCAUUAUUCUUCUGAUAAAGAUUUACCUAAAUCUAUUGUUGAUCGACUUGACAAAAAAAUUUUAAAAGCUUUGGUUAUGGCUGGUAUCCCAUUUAGUGUAAUUGAAAUUCCAUUUAUUUUGAAUCUGUUCAAAGAUCUAAGAUCUGGCCCUAGACAGUUGGUCCACUCCUCAAAUGACAAUUAUAUUGUUACAACUGAUACUAGAAUGGAAUACUUAAUAUCCCUACGUCAUUAUUCAUCAGAUUCACACACAAGUGAAUUUUUAACACACGAAAUUCCUAGUAUUAUUAAGCAGCUUGGCAGUGAUAAGUUUGCUGCAAUUGUUACUGACAAUGCUUCUAAUUGUCGGAUUGCAAGGCAAAAUAUUCAGCUAACAUAUGGGAUAUCAUAUGACUUUAAUAAUUUUGAAAAUAUUUCGUAUAAUUGGGUAAAAACUUCCCUUAAAAAUAAUGAUAAAGAUCCUGAAAGAAUUCUCAAAAUAAUGAAAAAGCAUAAAGAAAAUAAAUUUUGGUUUACUAGUUUAGUAGGAUAUUUUUAUCAAUUUGGAAUUGGUUGUAAUCUUAAUAGAGAAAAGGCGUUGGAUUGUUAUUUAAUUGCUAUUAAUAAUAAUAUUGAUUAUAAUUCUUUAAAUAUAAUAGAUGAGAAUCAAUUACAUUUGAUUGUAGUAAAAAAUAAUGGGGAAUUCAAUUUGUUAAGAAAUAGUAACACAAUUAUUGGAAAAUAUUUAUUAUCAUUAUUUUAUUAUAAAGAUAUUAUUAAUAAUAUUUUAUUUGAUAUUGAUAUUAAACAAAAUAAAUUAGUGUUUCUUGAAAAAUUAAAAGGAAAUAGUGAAUUAGAAGUACAAUUUAAUUUAACAAUUUGUAGAAAAGAUAGAAAUGUUAAUUAUAAAAAAGCUUUUGAAUUACUUUUAAGUUUAGCUGAAGAAGAAAAUCUAGAUGCACAAUAUAAUUUGGCAAUUUGUUAUAUGGAUGGAAUAGGAACACAAAAAGAUGAAAAAAAAGCAUUUGACUUGUUUUUAAAAUCUAUUCAACAAAAUAAAUCUCAUGUUCAUAUAAAUAAUACGAUGAAAAUUUAUAAUGAAAGGAUUAAAUUUGAAAUGGGUUUAGAAUCUGCGAUAUCAAAUAAUUCAAUAACACAAAAUAGUGUAGGAUUUUGUUUUCAAUCUGGUAAAGGAGGAUUAAAAAUAAAUGUAACAAGGGGAUUUAAAUGGUAUUUAAAAUCAGCUAUUGCAGGAUAUGCUGAGGGUCAAUUUAAUUUAGGGUGUUGUUAUGAAUAUGGUAACGGAACGGAUAAGAAUGAAAUUAAAGCAUUUGAAUGGUAUUUAAAAUCAGCUAAAAAUGGAUGUGUAAAGGCUCAAAUUCAUUUGGCAAUUUGUUAUCAAAGUGGUCGUAAAAUGGACAAGAAUGAAACAAAAGCAUUUGAAUGGUAUUUAAAAUCAGCAGAAAAUGGAAAUGUAAAGAGUCAAAGUUACAUGGGAUAUUGUUAUCUAAAAGGUUAUGGAAUAGAUAAGAAUGAAACAAAAGCAUUUGAAUGGUAUUUAAAAUCAGCUGAAAAUGGGGAUGCGAUGAGUCAAAAUAAUGUGGGAUAUUGCUAUGACCAUGGGAUAGGAACAGAUAAGGAUGAUUCAAAAGCAUUUGAAUGGUAUACAAAAUCAGCUACUCGAGGAUGUACUGAUGGACAAUAUAAUUUAGGAUAUUGUUAUGAAAAUGGUAAAGGAACGGAUAAGAAUGAAAAAAAAGCAUUUAAAUGGUACACAAAAGCGGCUGCUGCAAAGGGUGAUGCUGCAGCACAAAAUAAGUUAGGAGAUUGUUACAAAUAUGGUAAAGGAACGAAUAAGGAUGAGGAAAAAGCAUUUGAGUGGUAUUUAAAAUCGGCUGAAAAAGGGUAUAAAAUGGGACAAAAUAAUGUGGGAUAUUGUUAUGAACAUGGUUGUGGAACAGGAAAAAACAAGAAUAAUGCAACUAAAUGGUUCUCAAAAGCAGCCAAAAGUGCUGUAGCACAAAAUAAUUCAAAAAAAUGCAAAUAUGGUGUUAAAAUCGCUAUAAAGGAUUUAUUGUAG